ACCACUAUUUAACCGAUUAUUCUCCGAUAUUCACGAAACCGAACGCAACGCAACGACGGAAAGCGGACGAACGGAAAACACAGAAAAUUUAGCCAACUCGUCUGUGUACACUUAUUUAUUGUUCGCGCGCGUGUGGUUGUGCCAGUGCGGUGGCAAAAUAAAAACAGCUGCAAAAUACGCAAAUUUCAGUCUUGCUUAAAGCUAGAGUGCGGUAUAAAAAGAAAACGAAAACUUCUCGACGCGCUAAAAGUCGCUCUCCCUCUCUUCCCCUCCUCUCUCGUUGUGCGCCCGUGUGUAGUGCUAGUGUGAGUGCGAGUGAGACGGGCAAACAAUUUGCCGCUAAAUACAAAAAGCAGCUGAGACCAGCUGACACAUGUGUGUGUGCAAAAUACAAUAAAACGCAAAGGCUAUACUAAAAGCUAUAAAUAAUUCGCAAAUGUUUAUGUAGCCGUACAGCAAGAGCAGUAGCGGCAACAACAAAACGCACGUGGCUCAGACAUUUUGGCCACCAUAGUAAGCAAACACACAAACACGAUCAAACAUGUCCGCCGUACCGGUUGCCAUCAAAACGGAGGAAGUUAUUCUAGAGCACGCCGAAUACAACAGCGCCGAGGAAUUGGAUGAGGAAUUGCAAUUACAAUUGGAAGAUUCAGGGGGUGAGAACAACUAUCACAUCGAGUACGCCAGCGAGUCGGCCCAUCAGGGUUCUCAGCGUCGCCAGUCGAGCAUGAGCGGUACGAAUACCUCCAAGGGCGGGCGGCGGGGGGGCGGGGCCCUGAGCGAUGGAGACGGUUCGGGAAAACCGCUCGUAGACAGCGAGAAGCGAAUGCGCCGGGAAAUCGCCAACAGCAACGAGCGGAGACGCAUGCAGAGCAUCAAUGCCGGCUUCCAGAGUCUGCGAUCACUGCUCCCGAGGCACGAGGGCGAAAAGUUGAGCAAGGCUGCCAUCCUGCAACAGACCUUUCAAUACAUCGUGGAGCUGGAGAACCAAAAGACGCAGCUGCUGACACAGAACAGCGAACUGAAGCGGCAGGUGGGCGAGCACGAAGCUGGCGGCGGCGGCGGCGGCGGAGGAUCCGGUGAGGGAGGUGGUGCCAAUUCCGGGGGAAACUACAACGACUCGACGAGUGCCAGCGGGGGCAACUCCACGGCGGUGGCCAUCAAGAAGCGCAAGCUGACCGACAACGUGAUCAACAUCCAGGCGAUUAGCGACAGCUCGGACGAAGGCCUGGGCUCCAUGUCCCCGGAACCGAUGACCCUGCUGACGGCCGGCGGAGCGGCGGCCACCAAGCUGAGCAACGCCAGCGUUCUGGCGGCCAAGGAACUGCACGAGAUGAAGAAGCAGCUGGAGAAGGAGCGCAGCCUGCGACGACUGCUCGAGGACGAGCUGCAGAUGAUCAAGCGUCAGCUGUACAGCGUGGCCACCGCACCGCCCGGAACAGCGGUGGCAGCCGCAUCCGGCGGCAAUAGUGGCGCCUACAUUCCACGCGAGGUCAUCGAGCACACCGACAACUUUGUCCGCAGCGAGGAUCUGGAGGAACUGGGCGGCACAGUCUCCUACGUGGAGAUCGACGAGAUGACCGGCCAACAGCAGGUGGUGGUUUGCUCCAGCAUCGAGGAACUGGAAGCUGAUGCCGCCGCCGAGAUCAUUACGGAGGAUCAGGUGCACGAGGAGGUCAUCCUGUCGUCGAACAGCUCGACGGAGUCCGAGAACGAGGUGAACGUGAACGCAAUUGCCAAAGCCUAUGCCGAAGGAGGAUGCACGUCGAGUGCCGCGAUGUUGCAGCCCAUCCUGCAGGCGGCCAUCAAGGCCACGCCGAAGGUCGAGGUGGAGCGCAUCAACGAGAAGAUUGUGAAGGUGAAGGCGGAGAAGCACGAUCUGCCAUCCAUUCAGACCACCACACACUAUCAGCAUCCGCAUCGCCAGAAUCUGGAGACGAUCGUUCAGGCCAUCCGGCAUGUGGAGGGCGAUCAUCUGUUUGCGGACGGCAGCGGCGGCCAGGAGAAGUUUGGCCAGCAGCAGAAUCUCCAGCAGCAUCACCACCAGAUCACUGGAGUGCACCACCAGCAGCUGCAGCACCAUCGGCUGGCGCAGGAUGCCCCGCUGGCCCUCACCACCACGGGCAAGCAGCAUGCGGCGCUGGCGGAGCUGCGACCCUUCCUCCAGCUGAAGACCAGCGGCGGCAGCAAGCAGGUGAUCAUUACGGCCAAGACGGCCAAGGAUGCCGGCGGUCUGGUGUCGACGAGCAGCAGCAGUACCACGGUCACGCCGACGGCGAUCUUCAAGGUGCAAACAACGGGCGGCCAUGGAAGUGGCAGUCAUCUAACCGCAGGCUCAACGGCGGGCACCAUCAUCACCGGGAGCAAUGGGAGUGUUGGCGGUGGCCAACAGCUGACCAUCACCACAGCCCUGAAGCAAUGCCGACCGGGCGUUAUAGUGGCCAAGCAGUUGCCGUCGUCCUGA